AUGGAAGCCAACACAAACCCAACAACCGUCAAUGACACGGUAGAUAAAGACUAUAUUACAAACCUACCUCCUGAACUCACGAAGUCAAUAUUUGGAUAUCUGAGUGCGGUAGAUUUGAUUCGCGUGGCAUCCCACAACAAACAUUUGCGUAAUGUGGCAAACACAGAUUUAAUAUGGCGCCCUCUAUGUCAGGAAAAAGGAUGGGAGCGCUAUGGUAGCAUUACCGAUCUCACUAAGGAAAUCCCGUACAAACCCAAGGAUGUUAUAGUCAAGCACGACUCAACGAUGGAUCUUGUUGCUACGUGCAGAUGGAAGGAAAUUUACAUAAAAGCAUAUCUGCUUGAGAACAACUGGAAGAAAAUGUGUUUCCACGUUAGCAGUUUAAAACCUAGCAAUAUGGACGCAGGGCUGUACCCUCGACCAAGUGUUCGUGACGUGGUUAUCGACAAAGACUGUCUGGUGGUUGUAAUGUCGAACGAAACAAUCCAAAUAUGGGAUGUUAAGACUGACACCUGUCUACACAUUAUUCCGGCUAUCAGUGAAGGUGUCGCUUGUUUAAGAGUUUGUAAUGGUAAACUUGCUGUCGGUAGUAAAGACGGUGUGGUUCGUUUAUUUAGUGCCAAUAGUGGAGAGCUAUUGCAUCUCAUGCAGGGAACCAAGGAAGAAUCUAUCGACCGAAUAUUAUUCAUUGAUACAGAGUUGGUAAUCAGUGAUGCUAUUCCGCUGAAUAUUACAGGAGAUGGUGCUAAACACAAACAUAUCAACGUAUGGAAUGUUGAAGAUGGAGCACUUCGUCAUAGCUUUAAGAUCGAUGUGGAAGGGGCUAUUUUAAGAGAUGUUGACUAUCGGGAUAAUAUGGUGGUUGGGGCGUACAGUGAUAAGUGUCUUCGACUCUGGGAUGCAGUCACUGGUGAUUGCAUACAUACUUUAAGAUAUAAUUCUGAAGGUAUUGCGGAGAGAUUGUCAUGUUGCCUUGGUAGCAGCAUUAUCGCUUUGGCUGAUAUUGAUGACAUGAAGUUAAUUAUUUGGAAUAAAAAAUCAGGGGAGAAUGUGACGUCAGUUUCGAUUUCUGGUGAUUUUGAAGGUUCGCCAAGCAAAUGUGAGGCAGUCGAAGAUUUGUUAGUAAUGUGUCUUGCAGAAACUUACUUCUUGGUGUAUGACAAAACAGGGAAACUUUUGAAAACUGUUUAUGAUGAAGAAGGACUUCGGAGUAUCUGUUGUUAUGGUGACAAAUUUAUAGACCAAUUACGUGCGGAUUGUACAGAUGAUUGUGUAGACAUUUGUAGAAUUUUCAGGGUUGUUUCAGGUAGCAUGAAUGAAAUGGGUGCUAUUGUAGGUGAACUUAUAGACAUGAUAGAGGGAGUUGAUGAUACCAAAAUGGUCGUGUCUUCGGCGGACUCGGUGUUGGACAUUUACCAUUUCUGGUGA